GAAUCAUGAAUGCAUAAAAAUCUUUCAUUCAGUUUCGUGAUACAUUGCAUGAUACGUGGAUCAUUUUUACAUGUUCGGAGAGAAAAAAAGGUGAUGAAUAUUAAUGGGCCUGGCUAAUGGCUACAUAUAGGGCUUAGCUACCGCCAUUACUCUCUUUUCUUUUUAUCUGUGACUGUGAGUGAAACUUUCUUCACUUCCUUCUCCAGUUACUCUACUUUCUACUUAUUAUUAUUAUUUUAUAAAAUGAGUGUUUAUUUGUUUUUAACCGCUAUUCAGUUUUUGUUGCUUGAUCAUGUUUAAAUGGAUGACUAUAUUCUUGAAGAGUUGCAAAAAGCACGCAGACUUGUUGUGAGCCUUGCCAAGGAAGUUGAUGUCAAGAAUGAAAAAUUGUUUAGAAUGGAGAGCAAGUUAGAUGAGACCUUUCACAUGAUGAUGGAGGAGAAAGCUAAGCUGCAGCAAGUGCAGCGAGCUUACUCUCAAGCACUUUGAAAUGCUAGAACAUGUGUGCUUAUCUCAUACUUAAUAAUAAAUUCUUUAGAAAUGAAGAAGACACAGUUUGUCGCCGAAGAGUUAAAGAAUUGGAGAAGCGAGAGGCCCAGAUUGAUCUGGAGCGAAAAAGUUUACUCAUUCAGAGGGAAAAGGUGACAUGAAACUUUGUAAAUGAUCCCUUAUGAAUGACUGUAGCCAUAUAUGGGCUCUAUCCAUUUGCAAUGCCAAACAUAAGGUCCUGGUAAUAUUAUCCAAGUUGAAAGCUAAAAGCUCUACAAAACACGACUACAUAUCAACCAUCCAAAUUGAUGCCCUGAGAAAAGAACUGGAGGAAAAAGUGGAUGAGUUGCAAUCCAUGGACACCCUUAACCAAACUCUGAUAAUUAAGGAGCAUAUGAGUAACCUUGAGCUGAAAGAUGCUCACAAAGAAUUGAUAAAUGGUUUGCAAGAUAUUUGGAAUGACCAAGACCUUUUUGGAAUCAAAAGAAUGGGUGAGGUUGAUGAGAAACUGUUUAAAGAUGUGUGCUUAAAAAAAUUCCCUAAUGGUUGGGAGGUAAAUGCAGAAGAACUAAUUUUACUGUGGCAAGCCAAUGUUAGUAAUCCAAUUUGGCAUCCUUUCAAAACAGAAUUUCUUGAUGGAAAAUUGCAGGAAGUAAUAGAUAAAGGUGAUAGUAAGCUGAAGGAGUUGAGGAGUGUAUGGGGCGAGGAAGUGUACAAGGCUGUAGCUGAUGCAUUGAUGGAAUUGAAUGACUACAACUCAAGCGGGAGAUAUGUAGUUCCAGAACUUUGGAACUUCAAUGAGAGAAGAAAAGCUAGUUUGAAAGAGGUAAUUAAGUACAUGAUCGAAGAGUUGAAGACACUCAAGUCUUAUGUACCUCCAGAACUUUGGAACUUCAAUGAGGGAAGAAAAGCCAGUUUGAAAGAGGUAAUUAAGAACAUGAUUGAAGAGUUGAAGACACUCAAGCCUCUUAAGCGUAGAAGAUAAUGACAAUGAUAUCUAGUCUAGCAGUGGUAGUACUACUCACUCUACUCAAAGUGCAAGUUCUACAAAGAUAGAAACUUUGAGAGCUCUUAGUAACCCCACAAAUUGUUUGAUCUAACUAGAAGAUUGAGCACUACUCUGUAAAGCAUCGACAAGAUGGAUUUUUGCAACUAAUGUAUCUGAUCAAGUCCCAUUACAUCACAAAAUAUGCUUUUGAGGCUUGAAUAUGUAUGAUAUUUUGCUUGUAACUUAUGCUGUAGUCAUAUGGUCUUCCAAAUCAUACUAGUGCUAGAAAAGGACAAUGCUAAAUCUAUUACU